AUGUCCUACUCACAGUACUCUGGAAACCCGUAUCAGUCGGGCCCCGCGCAGGAGUCGGCAUACGGCUCCCCAGACCCCUACGCCAGCCCGGAACAACAUGAGAUGCAGAAUAUCAGCCCGGCCCAAAACCCCUACGGAUCCGCCCCUUCCAACGCCCUGUCGCAACAGGACUUCCUGCAGCGCGUCUCACAUGUUCGCAAUGAGAUCCGCUCCCUCACCGCCGACGUCCAGCGCAUCGCCAGCCUUCACCAUGACGCCCUGGUCGGCGCCGACGACACCGCCCAGCGCCGGCUUGACGACCUGGUCGCCUCUACUCAGCUCAAGAACACCAGCAUCCGUGACCAGAUCAGGUCUCUCAAGUCCGAUGUCGAGCGCACCACCGACGGCAGCCAUGGCAUGAAGAAGAGACAGUUCGAGGCCCUGAACGGCGACUUCAAAAAGGAGCUCCAGAACUACAUGCAGGAGGAGCAGCAGUACCGCGACAGGUACCGCGACCAGAUCGCCCGCCAGUACAGGAUCGUCAACCCCGACGCUUCCGAAGACGAGGUGCGCCAAGCCGCCGACGCGGACUGGGGCAACGAGGGCGUCUUCCAGACAGCACUCAAACACAACCGCUCCGGCCAGGCCUCGCAGGUGCUCGGCAACGUGCGCGCGCGCCACAAUGAGCUCCUGCAGAUCGAGCAGUCUAUCAACGAGCUCGCGACCAUGUUCCAGGAUCUCGACACCAUCAUCGUGCAGCAAGAGGCCGUCGUGCAGCACACAGAGGAACAGACCGAGCAGACCAACCAGCACCUGCAGGAGGGCAACAAGCAGGUCGACGUCGGCAUCUCCCACGCCCGCCGCACCCGCAAGCUCAAGUGGUGGUGCGCCCUCGUCGUCCUUCUCAUCUGCCUGGCUAUCGGCCUCGGCGUUGGCCUCGGUGUCACCCUUACACAAAAGCCAAGCAAUAACACGACCCAGUAA